UUAAAAAAAAGGUUCGAAUUCGUCCCUGAGCAGCAUAAAGUACUCUUUUUUAAUUUUUGUUUUCUCCAAAAUGCAACGCUGUAUGUCGUCAUCUGCAAUCUGCUGAUAUUACUCAUGCAAAUUUCCGAACCAGUGCAAAAAGGAGUAGUGAAACAUUUUCAGCUGGUGCAUCCUUCAGAUAUCUGCUUGCCUUUAAAAUUAUCUAGCGAUUUUAAUUAAAUAUUCAACGAAUAAAGAUACGAUUGUCUUACAAGUGCUGUUUUAAUAUUGAAGUUUUUUGUACAUUUUGUAAACAAAUUCAUUAUUAUUAACUACAGUGCUUGUGUGUGGGUGGAAGUGCACAAGGAGCAGCGUUGGCAGAUAAACUUUGCAGCUGCUAAAAUUGAGCAGCGCAAAUACAGAAAACAACAAUAUAGUAUAGUUUAAAAUUAAAUAGAAAUAAUUGUUGCAGCUGUACCGGUGGCGCAGCAAGAAACUCUUGCAAAAACGUUUUUCGUAUAAAUUUUCUUUUUUGUUUACAACUCAAAAAAUUUGCCUGCUAAGAAGCUUUGAGAGAAGUGACAACUAUACAUGCCCGGUUUUCACAUAAAUGAAAUGGGUGAAAUGGUUUUGGAUGCCAUCGAUGACAUCGCUGUUGUUGAUGUCUAUGAUUUAGCAACAGAUAUUGGUAAGGAAUAUGAGCGAAUUAUAGACCGUUACGGCACCGAUGCCGUAACAGGCAUAAUGCCAAAGAUCAUCAAUACGCUCGAGCUGCUGGAGGCACUGGCGACUAAAAAUGAGCGUGAAAAUGCAACAAUACAGGAGUUGCGUGAAAAGAUAGCACAACUGGAGAGUGAAAAAUCCGAAAAGGCCGAGUAUCGCAGGCGUUUCGAAAGGGAAAUGGAGGUGCUUGAAGAGCAAUGGCGUACUGAAACCAAUGAAUUGGUAGAAAUGGUACAAACAUUACAGGAUGAAAACAAGCGUCUGGUUAAACAAACGCAAGAUCUACAAUCUUCUUCUGCACACUCUUCCGGCUUGGGCGCUAGUUUGACCGAGAGCAUCAUAAGCAUUACAAAUAAUGAGUUGAAUGCGGCGCUAACCGAUACCCAAGUGCUGCAACGCUUAAAGGAACAAAUCUACAAACAACGUGACGAGCUUAAAGAAAAAGAGCACGAACUGCAGGAAAAAUAUGGUGAAAUCGAAAAUCUACACAUACAAAUGGAUCGCUUAAAAUCGUCUGGACGCGAUGCACACCGUCGACGCAAAAUGUUGCAGUCGCAGGUAAAGACGUUGUGCGAAGAGCGCGCCGACUUUCUCGCCCAACUGCAGGACCAAUAUCGUGACAUUAAUCAAUUACGCAAGCAACUCGGUUUGGCUGAGAAAGAAAAUGAGGAUUUGGUGAAAUCAUGCAGCGACGACCCCAACGAUCCGAAUCGUCCGCGUUACACGACGCUACAGUUGAAGGAGUUAAUUUGUGAACGUGACGAAUUAAUCACCACUGUUGACAAUUUGACCGAAGAGCUGAAGGCACUCAAACCUAGUAAUGCCAAAACGACAGCGGGCGGUGGUGCCGGCGGUAGCGGUGGUGGUGAUUCAAGUUCGUAUGAUUAUGACGACGAGGAUGAUGAUGUGGAUGAGGAAUCACAAGAGGCGCAAGAAGGCGCAGUGUGUGGCACGCCACCUGACCAUGAUGCACCAGUACAAGGACCUCUACCGUAUGAGCCAGACGAUGCUCCUUGGAAGAAGAGCAGUGAAUCCGGCAUACGCAAAUUCUUCCGCCGCCUGUUCUCCGACACUUCGGAUACUUCCAAACGUUCCUUGGCUACGCUAUCGAAAAUGGCACUCUCCGCCACACCUGGCAGUAUGGAGGCCAAGAAAGCAAGUGUCGAGUGUCAAAACAAAAAUUUCGGUGACAUAAUUUGUUGGAAACAUUUUUGCUAGAAAUGGUGAACAUUCCUCCCUUUGCUGAAAAUAACUACACUACACUACAGAAAUAUACAUGUAUAAUGUGAAUGCGUUGAUAUUAACACAAAGAAAGACGAUAAAUGCAGGAAUUUUUUAGGUUAUGUAUGAUUUUUUUUUUAGAAAUAUGUGUUGUUUUUGAAUGCUGGAUGUUGACUACAAAUAUUUAGUAUUGAAAAGGGUGUGCUAAAUUAGUGAUAUAGAUAUGUAACAGUGAAUUAGUGCUCUUGAUUUUUUGUUUUCAAAUUUAAUUUUAGAACAAAAGAAAUGCCAAAAGUUGUGAUU